AGCCGUAAAUGGUGCCAAACGCUGCAACCAAUUGUUUUUGGUGAGAUAUUAAUAUUUAAGGAGAGGUCUCGAAUUGGCAGUGGCCGCGAGAUCUGCUAGAGCUAACACUUGAUUCGCUCUUGAAUACAGAUCAACUCAAGAUGGGCUGCAGGGGCUCCAAGGUGCCUGAAAAAAUUGUGCUGUACUACGACAAGAGGAGUGCACCGUGCAGGACUGUUCUCCUCACUGCUGCAUCCUUGAACAUCAAAGUCGAAUUGAAAGAGAUAAACAUUCAGAAAGGAGAACACAUGACACCGGAAUUCCUGAAGAUUAACCCGCAACAUUGCAUCCCAACAAUGCAAGACGGCGAUUUCACCCUCUGGGAAAGCCGCGCCAUUGCCCAAUACCUGGUUAAUCAGUACGCCAGCAAUGACUCGUUGUACCCAAGAGAGCCUAAGAGGCGCGCCCUCGUAGACGCACGUCUCAAUUUCGACCAAGGUUGCCUUUAUCAGCGCCUCUUAAAUUUUUACUUCAAGCUUUUCUCCGAGAAAGUCAAGGACGACGAGUUGAUUAAAAAGUUUCUUGAAGCCAUUGAGCUUUUGAAUACCUUCCUCGAAGGCAAGUUGUGGGCGGCCGGCGACACCAUGACCAUUGCAGACUUUGCCCUCGCCGCUUCUGUCUCCACCGCUGAGUGCUUCGAUUUCGUUGACUUGGACAAAUACCCACACGUGAACAAGUGGCUGGCCAGGUGCAAGGGCAACAUGAAAGGGUACGAAGAGGCAAAUCAGGAUGGCAUCAACGCUCUCAAGGAAACGAUCGCGAAUUUCAAAUGAAGAAAAUUUUCUGACAGCGUAUAAGAAUAAAAAAAUUCAAUUGCGAUCGAGAUAAAAGUUUAUUUUUAAGUUUCACUGAACUAUAUCUGCUCUCUUCAUAGAAGCGUAUCUCACAAAUGUACACGAUUUAAGUGCAGCUAAUUAAAUUUUGCUCCUGUAAGUGAAGUAUUAAAGCUAUUCUUCAUUUGGA